CAAAAUAGACAUCUAAGAUUAUUCUGUUAUUAUAUAUUAGGUACAUGAGGAAGUACUUCGUCCAUUCCAACUUUUCUAGUCGUUGAACAUUUAUCUUCGUUAAAAUUCAGAUUCAGAAAAUUCGCUUCAAUCUUUUUUCUUUCCUCAUUCUGAAUCUCAGUUCCACACUUCGUCAAACCGACAACUUACCAUGAAACAACCAAUUCAUACAUACCAGUCAGCAAUAAGAUUAGAUAAAUUGCGAUGACCUAAUAAUACCGCUCUCUUUCCACUCGCUCCCUUCAAUAUGUCUUCCGGAACUCGUAACGAAAACAUUCUCCCACUAGAAUCAUUCGCCCUCACAGCCGUCCCAGCAAGCACACAUAAUGUCGUUUGGUCUCCUGACGCUGAACUAGCAGUCGGAUGCGACGACUGUGUAUACAUAUUCAUCCCGGAUUUUACCAUCCCCAAAUCCGAGAAUGGUAGAGACCCUAGUGUAGUCCGUCAGUUCAACGACGUCGCUCUCCGUUUCCCUAGUGUCGAACACCGGAGCCCGGAAUUGAACCGCCCCUUAUUCGACUAUGUAGGACUGGAGUUUCCCGACUUUGAGUUCAUCCCGGGUGGUGGUGGUUCGGGUACUGUCACUAGUCAGGGCAGUUCUAUGAACCAUCUCGUCGCGUUGGAAUGGUCCCCCUGCGGCUUAGGUCGGAUGAAUCGAUCUGUUCUCGCCGUUCUCACUGGCGCCGGUACCAUCACCGUCUAUUGCGAAGGCGCAUCGGAUAGGAAUAAUGCAUAUAAGCCGCGCGGCCGUAGCGCUAGAACUUUGCUACCUUGGGUUGCUCCCUGGGGUGUUGGUGCAGGCCUGCUCUUACCUGCCAUCGAAGGACAUCAAACCGAAUAUGUCAAAGAGUACAUCACGGCAUUCGCGUGGGCCAGGGAUACGGAUGGCUACGGCACACUAUUGGCGUAUGCAAACGACGACGAUGAGAUCGUCAUAUUAUCCGUACAAGCUCAGCACGAUCCUAAUGCAACUCUAGGAGACUGUGGUCAAUGGAGGGUUGAGGAAGUCGCAAGAUUCGCAGGUAUAGGGCCGCACCCAAAAACGAAUCAAAACGACCCGGACUCUUUGCCCUCCGGCUCAUCCUUUUCGCUCAGUUGGGGUCCUUGGCUUAAAAGGGGAACUUCAAAGACCAGCAUGAUCUCCUACAUAAACAAUAAUUACGUCGGUUUCCGACAAGUUACCAUCGACUCUCCCCAGCAGCGAAUGGAGCCUCCAAAUGUAAAAGUCAAUAAGGUUGAUACCGACGGGGUCUGCCUCUCCUUAGGCCAAGAUGCUUUUGUGGUGUGGGAAGAUCUUAUAUGGACCAUUGAUCAGUCGAAGGUGUGUCGUGGUGUUAUCGCUACUCCUAUGUUGGCGAAAGCAUUUCAGGUUUCCUUUGACAAUCCCAAGUCUAGUAAGAUUUCUAGACACACCGCGUAUGAGUGCGGUAGCACAUAUCCUGAUAUAGAUGAUAUUUCUACACAAAAUCCUAUCACUGGACUCGUAAUCCACCCUCCUUCGCUCUCUCAAAAAACCGCUACGCCUUCUUACUCACUCGUUCGACUCUCGGCAACUCACGAAAACGAUGCGUGGUAUCAGACAAACCUUCCCCUACCUCCCAAUCCCGAGGACGGAACAAUCGGGCCACGAUGGGCGACCGAGAUUAACCAAAUCGUGGAGCAACAACUUCCGCGUGCGAUGGCAUAUAGAGCCGUCGUGGAUGGAGGUAGCGUCGGAUCGGACGACGUUUCGGACGGAGAUGAGGAAAUGGAUAACGAGUCAUUUGAGGGAUCAGACUAUGACCCCGACGAGAAUUUUGCCGGCAUAGACACUGAAGAUCAAGUUCAUAUCAACAGGGCCCGCAUUUGGGGAAUGGCUUCGAGUCCGGGCGGAGGAGUCACCGCGGUUUUUAUCAGCCAUCAUAACACUGUCUUCUACGGACGAGAUACGUUCGCAGGGAUAAAAUGUCGCAUCCUCUUUGGUCGCCACGACGGCACCUCGGACAAAGGCGAAGAAGCUCUCACCACCUUAGCUAUGAAAAACCUCAGCACCGAAGCUAAGACGUGGGAAUGGAUGUACGGUGGCGGUCCUCCCGUGCCAGGAGUAGGUCACUUGACGAGCCAGAGCAGCGAAGAUCGCAGCGCGUUGAAGGACCAUUUCGAACUAGCCAUCCGUCAGCAAGCAUGCUCUUUCUGCAAGUCACCCCUAAAGUCGGAGGGGAAGUUGUGUCGGUGUGAUAAGGGGCACCCUUUCUCUACGUGUGCGACUACAGGUCUCCCUAUCUUAGCUCCAGGUUUAUCGAGAACGUGUAACGUGUGCAGCUCCAAGUGCCUAAAUAGGGAGAACCUCAUCGUCAUAGCACCCCAACUUAAGGAUAUCAUCACGGACGAAAUUUCUGAUGAACUUUGCGGCAAUUGUGGUGGAAAGUUUGUAAAUUGAUUGGAUACCACAGCCCUACGAAGAUCUGCAUACUUUGCUAUAAUCGAUGGAACCGUUCCAAAUCCAAUUUGGCUGAUUGAAAGUCCACAGCUGGCGUACGACGACCAUGACGACGACGACGACCACGACCACGAAGAUGAUGAAAAACAAUACCCAACUACUUCCGGUUCGGUCAAUGGUUAGACUUACAACAAAUUGGAAAGCCAAAGUAUUACGAGACAAAAACCAUCGAGACAACUUGAUAGAUGCUCACCAGUAG